GUUAAGAAAACAAAAUAAAAAUAAAAUGAAGGGUGUCAAAAUUAGUUUAAAUUUCAUUCAAACCAUAAUCUUUCUUCUAAUUCUUGUAUCAACUUUAUGCCUAAGCAUUGAAGCUUCAACAUGCAAACCAAGUGGAAAAAUAAAAGGUAAAAAAUUUAAAUCAAGACUAUGCAAUAGAGCAGACCAAUCUGAGUGCUGCAAACCAGGAAAAUCUUACACAACAUUCAAGUGUUCACCACAAGUGUCACACAAAACAAAAGCAACCCUAACACUGAACAGCUUUGAAAAAGGUGGAGAUGGAGGAGCACCAUCAGAAUGUGACAACAAGUUUCACUCUGACAAAACACCUGUUGUAGCAUUAUCAACUGGUUGGUUCAACAAUAAUAAGAGGUGUUUGAAAAAGAUUACUAUAUUUGGAAAUGGUAAAAAGGUUAAUGCUAUGGUUGUUGAUGAGUGUGAUUCUACUCAAGGGUGUGAUGCUGAACAUGAUUUUCAACCUCCUUGUUCAAACAAUAUUGUUGAUGCUUCUGCUGCUGUUUGGAAGGCUUUGGGUGUGCCUGAAAAAGAUUGGGGUGAAAUGGAAGUUUUCUGGUCAGAUACUUGA